ACCCUUCGACGCUUGCAGCGGCAUCUGUGCGGGUCGCGCAGUCGCGCAGUCACCGUUCGUUGGCCUUCUGUUUUGAUUUCUUGGCAUCAAGCAUCGCCCGUGGCUUCUCUCUUCCCGUUGUUCUCCGUCACGCCUACCUUACUUUACCUUAAUUUAAGCACCCAAGGGACUAAGGUAGUCCACCAAUUUGCCUCUCACCUCGUUUCCCUUUCCUAUCCACAAUUAUUUCGUCGCUGGCAAAGAAACUUGGUUGCAUCUCGUGCACCGCCGGCCCACUGCAUUAACUUUUCAACCUCCAUCAGUCACAAUACCCGGCCGAGACCCUUGGUCUUGGCAUCCGCAUAG